AUGGCUCCCUCUCUCACAGACGCCGCCCCCGUCGUUCCCAUCGUGGAAGGAAAGCCCAGUCUCAAGUCUCUGCAACGAGAACCGCUCAAGUCCAAGGGCACCCUGGACGCCUUCGAGUCAUUCGACGUGACGCCCAUCAUCGGUCGAGAGUUCCCGACUGCCAAUCUCAAAGAGAUCCUGCGAGCCCCAAACUCCGAUGAUCUCCUGCGUGACCUCGCCAUCACCGUCUCCCGUCGCGGUGUCGUCUUCUUCCGCAAGCAGGACGACCUCGACAACGACCUCCAAAAAGAACUCGUGCAGCGACUCGGCGAGCUCUCCGGAAAGCCCAGCACAUCGGGUCUGCACAUCCAUCCUAUCAUCAACUCCGGGCGCGAACACGGCGUCAAAGACGACGAAAUCAGCGUCAUUAGCUCCGCCGAGCGCCAAAAACUCUAUCGCGAUCGCAACGAGACCAAACGCCAGAGCGCCCGGCGAGAAUGGCACAGCGACAUCACCUUUGAGCCGAUCCCUAGCGACUAUACAAUCCUGCGUUUGACGCAGCUCCCCGAAACGGGCGGUGACACCCUUUGGGCCUCGGGCUACGAAAUCUACGACCGGCUCUCGCCACCGUACCAAAGGUUCCUCGAAUCCCUCACCGCGACCUACGCACAACCCGGGUUCAACCGUAUCGCCAAAGAGAACGAUUUCGAGAUCUUCACGGGGCCGCGCGGCGCACCCGAGAACGUCGGCGACGUGCUCAAGGCCAUCCACCCGGUGAUCCGGACGAACCCGGUGACAGGGUGGAAGUCAGUGUUUGCAGUGGGCACGCACGUCGAGAAGAUCAACGACCUGGCGGAGGAAGAGUCGCGACACCUGCUGGAAUGGUUUGUGACGCUGAUCGUGGAGAACCACGAUCUACAGGCGCGGUUGAAGUGGCGGAAUUCGAACGAUUUGGCCAUCUGGGAUAACCGCAGCGUGUAUCAUGCGGCGACGUUUGAUUAUGUCGAUCAGGGGCCGAGAACGGGGCAUCGCGUCGUCGGGCUGGGAGAAAGGCCAUACUUUGAUCCGCUCAGUACGGGGCGGCGAGAGGGCUUGGAGAGGGAGGCGAAAUGA